CCUGUUGUUAGUUGAAGUCAGUGCAUCGACCGCUCUAGCCAGGAACGCAUCGCUACCGAACCUCAUCGUUACGAUGCCGUUUACCGAAAGUGUGCUUUCGUUUUUAGUGAUUAUUUUAAUACAUUUCUUUGUAACAGUACAAACCAUCGAUGUUGUGGAACGAUCGUCAUCAGGGUCCGCCAACCAGUGCGCUUCUCCAAACGAAAGAUGCAUGUUACGCGUGAUGUGUAACGUCGCACCACGUGUUCGCGACCAGCUCGUAUCAUGCCUUACGGCUGACGGGUUUGAGGGACUAUGCUGCAACUUCCAAGAGGAUUCCGCAAGGCGUAAGAAACGAUCACUGCCCUACGAACUCACCGAGGAGCUGUUCAAUAAUGCCGUUGGAGAUGGACAUCGUGUGUACACUCGCAAGCUGGCAAACAUCGACCGGUACCGAGAGGUUAUGACGAGUGCCUCCGUGGAUUCGCUGGUACGGCAAUUUCACGGCACACCCUUCCCCGGGAAACUGAGCAAGGAAGAUCAGGCAGCAUACGAAGACGUAUUCGUAGCACGAUCCUUUGCCGAUGCGCUCAAUCUAACCGUCGACGAGCGGCUCGACCUGGACGGCGUAAGUCUGGAGAGGACGCAACGACGUAAGCGAUGCCUUCCUCCAAGACACUGUGAUCCACACGCAAGAUAUCGAUCGUUCGAUGGAUCUUGUAACAAUCCUGUCCCAUCGCGCAGUAGCUGGGGUGCGGCCGGCUAUCCUUUCGAACGCCUGCUUCCACCGGCGUACGAAGACGGUGUGUGGGCCCCAAGACUGCAUUCGGCCGUUUCUGGACGACCGCUGGCUAGUGCAAGAGAUAUCUCGGUGGCAGUUUUCCCGGAUAACGAUCGUCGCGAUCGUAGGUACAAUCUGCUGCUGAUGCAGUUCGGGCAGUUUAUGUCGCACGAUUUUACGCGUAGUGCCAGCGUUAGACUGAGACAGGAAGAAGUGCAAUGUUGCACCGAUGAUCACUCGGGACCUUUGCGCGGUGAUCAGUCUCACUUCGCCUGUUUGCCUAUCGCCGUCAGUCCGUCCGAUCCCUUCUACUCGCGUUUCGGCAUCCGAUGCCUCAACUUUGUGCGGCUUUCCCUAGCCCGGGAUGGUAAAUGUAAGCUCGGUUAUGGCAAGCAGCUAAACAGAGUCACUCACUUCAUCGACGGUUCAGCUGUGUACGGGUCGAGUGAGGCAAUGGCCGCUUCAUUGCGUACUUUCUCCGGAGGACGAUUGAUGAGUAGCUUCCCAUCGGGCGUAGAGUUACUUCCAUUUGCCAGAAAUCGUGCCGCUUGCGAACCGUGGGCCGAAGCAUGCUUCCGUGCCGGUGAUGAUCGAUCGAACCAGAUUGUUUCGCUAACGGAAAUGCAUACACUAUUCCUGCGAGAGCACAACCGAGUUGCAACAAGGCUUGCCGCCCUUAAUCGAAACUGGGACGAUGAAAAGCUGUACCAAGAAGCUCGCCGAAUCGUUGGCGCGGAACUGCAGAAGAUUUUUUUCAACGAAUAUUUGCCCAUAAUCGUUGGCCACAACAAAGCGCGUCAGUACGGGCUGCUUGACGGCCAUAAUGGGCAUACGGAUUUCUACAGCCCUGAUGUGAAACCGGCCGUUUUUAACGAAGUAUCAGGAGCAGCCUUCCGGUUCGGACAUUCUACCGUCGAUGGAGCGUUUUUGAUUCAACACCGUCAUCGCCGUUCGGAACUGGUACCGAUUCAGGAAGUUUUCCUUAACCCGUCCCGUCUGCUGGAGCGCUCGUUUUUCGAUGAUUUCCUCUUUUCGCUCAUGGAUCAACCUCAGCAGCAGCUCGACGAUUCCAUCACAUUUGGGCUUACGAGGUUGCUGUUCGCGGGCCGCAACCCAUUCGGGUCGGAUCUAGCCUCACUGAACAUACAGCGUGGCCGUGAUCAUGCCCUACGUCCGUACAACGAUUAUCGCAAAUGGGCUGGACUCGGACGCGUCACAAGUUUCGAGCAGUUUGGUCCCGUUGGUGCACGGUUGGCUAGCGUGUACGACUCACCGGAUGACGUAGAUCUUUGGGUGGGUGGAUUACUCGAGCCUCCGGCACAGGAUGGUGCACUUUUUGGCGAAACGUUUGCCGCCAUCAUCAGUGAACAGUUUGCCCGGCUCAAGUUUGGCGAUCGCUACUACUACACUAAUGGACCGCGGCACAAUCCUGGCUACUUUACUGGUGAGCAGCUGAACGAGCUUGCCAAAGUGUCGCUCGCCUCAGUCAUUUGUGCCAACAUCGAUCAUCCGGAAGGGUUUUCUGUACCGGCGAAUGCUUUCGAACAGCCGAGCGAACACAAUCCGCCCGUUCCGUGCCAUGCGAUGAAUUCGAUGGAUUUGACUGCCUGGAGCAGUCACUAGAUGUUUUAUGUACUCUUUAGCAGUAUGAGCGGUCUAUGGUAUUUUUGUUGUUAUUUUGUGUUUUUAAAAAUGUGUUUUGUGUAACACUGUUCUAAUUUGUCGUGUUUGUUUGAAUAAAAAUGUGCCACAAUGCACAGAAUGUUGUCCCAAGCA